AUGUCUGCAAACCGCAGGUUAGCAAAGAAAGUCCUGACAUACGACGAGUUGGCACAACUCAUUGAAAAUGAUGAGGAUAUGGAUGCAUUUUUACCACCGCUUGACAACAAUGAAGACACUGAUGUAGAAUCUGAAAACGAGGAAGAAUUUCCGCAAAGUCAGCUACUAGUGGAAUCCAAUAGAAACGUAAAAUCUAACUUGAAUGAUGAAAUCGAGAAUGAAAAUGAUAAUUGUAAAAUACCUAAAUUAACUGACGAUAUUCACGAUCACAGUAUUCUUGAACUAGAACUAUUAGAUGAAGUUGAUGAACCCGAUGAAGAAGAUGACCCCGAUGAAGAAGAUGAAGAUGAUGACCCCGAUGAAGAACUUCGAGAUCUGAUUUGUUGCGGGAUAUUGUGUAAUUUCGAACACUGGAUAAACCAACGGCUAGCAGCAUGGCUGAUGAAAAUAGCUGCAUAA